AGACGGUGAGAAGAGGAAGAUGAAUAAUAGAGAAGUUUAAAAGAAGGAAUAAAGGAAUACAUUUCUUCUUGAUUUGUUUUACAACAUGAACUGUGAAAUCCAGGGAUGAGACUGUCAACAUCUCUUUACUGAUACUACUUGGAAGAAUUAUGAAAUAUGCCUGUCCUAAAAAAACGUAAGUGCUAAGUGAGAUCCAAUCAAUGCUGAAGAGGAAACAAUUACAAAUGACAAUGUCUAGUUUACCAUGCAUGUGCACAUAGUUUUUAAAGUGGAAGUUUAUCAGAACCAGCUGUUGCCAGUGACAGACUUAAGUUUUCCUCCAGGGUAAGAGAGGAGGAACUGUGUGAGCUGUGAUUAACUUAGCAGAUGAUACAAGUCUGUAUGGAGUUACGUUUUUAUGAGUUUAGUCACAUAGAGAACAGCCAAUUGGAUUGCGCAAACGUCUGGAAGCUUCUCCAAAAAAGUAAUCAUGAUCAGCACCAUCCUGAUUCUCCCCAUGUCUUUUCUAAGAUUUGUUUCGACUAAGUGCGUCAUGUGUGGUGCUUGUUAGCAAACUGUGAGGCAGCAUGAAUCGCAUGCCUUCAGCUCAGCAGUAGUGAAGUCCUGCCAACUUUCUAUGCUGACAAAAAGAAAUCCUCCUACCUUUGGCAGGUGAAACAGAGCAGAACUUCAAAAGCUCAUUGUUUGGCAUUUAAAGGGGUACUUACCUCUCUGCAUUUUAUGGAAAAAGACUAGGGCCACUGAAAGAAAAAUAAAAGAAUUCAGACUUUUUGCUCAACAUUCUGACUUCAUUCUCAGAACUCUGAGAAAAAAAAAGUCAGAAUGAAUUAUUUAUUUAUUUGGAGAUAAAUAAAUUCUCUUCCGAAGCAUUUCACUUCUUUUUGUUAGUGAUAGUCGAUUGUGGAAGCAAUGCAUAAAGACAAACCACAUCGACUCCUAUAAACCAGAUGUUAAAAAGAGGAGCACAGAGUUUAUUUCAAAUAAUUUGGGAUCCCAUUUCUUUCAAGAGAUUGUGCCAGAGGCGUUCUGUGUUCUGAAAGCAUUUUGAAAGAAUCGUUCAAUUGAAGAGGCCAGAAUUGAGAUGGUCUGAGGCAAAAUAAUGCCAAAAUAAACAAACUGCCAAUAUUUGCACUGAAUCCUAAAGAUAGGACCAUACACCUGUUUAGGUUUUUCAGCAAAACAAGUUGAUUUGAUGGUGAAUGUCACUGUAAGCACAGCAGUUCAGGUAUGUCAGUCUUUUCUGUAGUUUAUUUAAAUAUAAGGGCAACUGAACUGGAACUGAAGUUCCAAUUAAAUCAAAUAAUUGUGAUAAAACAUUAUAGGAUGACGACUCAGUCUACAAUGAAAUGAAAGGUAUAGUACUUUUUUUUUAUCUUUGCAUUUUACGUUGUCUUCUGUUGUUUUUUUUUUCAGGUUCCUGAAUUGUUUGUCUUUGAUUAAUUUACUUCUUGUUACAAAUGAAACUUUAGUUGUUCUUCCAAGUAAAUGUUGACUCUCAACUCUUUCCAUGUGCCAGUCAACCAGGUUCUUAUUGUGCUGCUGUUGCUGCUGGCAUGUUUGCUUCUCCAUAGUUCACUGAAACUCUCCACUCAACAAAAAAAAGCAUACAGGCAGAGCCACGAUUUAACAGCUGACCUCCCUGCUGAAGAGGCUGAAACAGAUGAUGUUGUUCCUGUUAUCAUCUGUGCCUCCGAGGAGCGUACUGGGGCAACCAUGGCAACCAUCAACAGCAUCAUUAGUAACACUGAUUCCAGUGUUUUCUUCUACAUUGUUACUUUGCGUGAUGCAGUCAAAAUAGCAAGGAGGUAUAUAGAGAAGACCAAGCUGAAACGCAUCCAGUAUAAGAUUUUAGAAUUUAACCCUAUGGUUCUAAGAGGAAAGGUGAAGCCAGAUUCUUCUCGUCCUGAUCUUCUUCAUCCACUUAAUUUUGUCAGAUUUUACCUACCUCUACUAGGGAUCAGCCACAGGAGAGUCAUAUAUGUGGAUGACGAUGUCAUUGUGCAGGGUGACAUUAAGGACCUUUACAAUAUAAAGCUGAAAGCAGGACAUGCUGCUGCUUUUGCCUCUGACUGUGACUUACCCUCCACACACGAGAUGGUUCGAAGCAUUGGCAUGCAGACCACCUACAUGGGAUUCCUGGACUACAGAAAGCAAGAAGUGAAAGACUUGGCCAUCAACCCCAACCACUGCUCCUUUAACCCCGGAGUGUUUGUCGCAGAAAUCAAAGAGUGGAAGAAGCAGAAGAUCACCAAACAGCUGGAGAGAUGGAUGGAGGAGAAUUUCAGGCAGAACAUUUACAGCAGUGCUAUGGCAGGAGGUGUGGCCACUCCACCAAUGCUUAUUGUGUUUUAUGACAAAUACACAGUGCUGGAUCCUCUUUGGCAUGUCAGACACCUGGGCUGGAGCCCUGAUGCACGCUAUGCAGAGAGCUUCCUGCAGGGGGCACAACUGCUGCACUGGAACGGCCCAUUCAAACCAUGGAAUGACCCAGCCGUCCACUCAGAUCUGUGGGAAAGGUGGUUCAUACCUGACCCGUCUGGAAGAUUCACUUUGACUCGGCCUGGCAUUGACAGCUAAGGCCCAACGCUGCAGGGACUGAUCCACUCAUUUCAAAAAGGCAGCCUUUCAGUCUGCUCCCACUGAAAGGCUGCCUUUGUGUCAUAACUAAAGGGGCUUCUUUAACUCCUCCUGUCAUUUUGUCCUUGUCUUAUAAGUUUGUCCGAUGUCAAAAUGUGAACGUAACAUGUGGAAUCAAGGUCAUACUUGAAAACAAUCUGAAUUAUUGUUCCAUAAAGUAUAAGGAGCUUUUCAGGUGAUAAGUUUGAUGUGUUAGGAAUUAACCACUAAAUAAAUUCACAGAAACGAUUCAUGGCAGAGUUAAGUUUUAUGCAUUUACAUCUGUUUGAUUUCAUUUAGGAACUCAUAUUGUAUGCAUAUAUGCCUUUAAAUUAGUUAUUUUCUACACAGUCUUAUCAAUUCUAGAAUGUAUUGAAAGGAAUUAGUCAGUAUAUACCAACAGAGUUUAAAUAAAUAAAGUUGUUAAAGAAACAA